GGCACUGACUGGCAUCACUGCUGGGCACUGACUGGCGGCACUGACUGGCACAACCCCUGGGCACUGACUGGUGGCACUGACUGGCAGCACUGCUGGGCUGCACUGGUGGGUGGCACUGGUGGGCAGCACUGGUGGGUGGGCACAGGUGGGUGGCACUGGUGGGCACAGGGUGGUGGGCACAGGUGGGUGGCACUGCUGGGCACAGGUAGGUGGCACUUCUGGGCACAGGUAGGUGGCACUGCAGAGUGGCACAGGUGGGUGCACUGCUGGGCACAGGUGGGUGCACUGCUGGGCACGGGUGGGUGGAACUUGCGGGUGGCACUGCUG